AUAAAGAAACAGAUAAAGACGGAAUAAAAAUAUAUAUCGAGUGAAAACAGUUAUUGAUGAUUAAUCAGUUUGAUAGCAUUUUAAAAAAUAGCGAAGCUAAGCCUUCAAGGAUGAGGAUUAACAUUAUUUUGAUAACAUUUAUCUUGCAGGUUUUCACAAUGAUUCAAGCAUUACCACAUAAUCAUAUUGAAGAAGACAUGCAAUCAUUAUUCAAUAGAACUGAUUUAAGAUGUCCAAUGAAAUGUAACAAGGUACCGACAUUGUUUCAGAUGUCCUGCUGUAUUUGUCAUUCCAAAUCAGAUGUUGAAAAUCUGGGACCUUUAGCAAUAGUAAACAAAAGAAACCAUUAUGGUUCGGAAAUUGUGAAUUAUGGAGGUAAACAUAAAUUUUAUGCGCUGAAUCAUCGACAUGGCCAUCUUGAAUUUAUGCCUGGGAAUACCUGUAAUUUUAAAGGAUUGUUCAUGAUAGAUUUGUCUUUUAACAAGAUAAAGACUUUAGACACAAUUUCGUGCUUGAAAAACUUAGAUACCCUGAUGCUUCGUGGCAACACUAUUCAGUAUAUGAAUAAUUACACGUUCGUGAAUAUGAGGUUCCUUCGUAUAGUUGAUUUAUCAAUGAAUAAAAUCAGUUUAAUGGAUCCAGGUUUUCUCUUUACUAUGAAUGGAAAUUUAUUUUACAUUAACUUAUCUUUUAAUGAGAUGCCUACUCUGGAUAUUACAAAUGCAAUUGCAACAAAACAGGAAUAUUUUUGUCUGGUAGAUUAUUCCCAUAAUACAAUAAAAUCCCUAACAAAUGACCAGACAUGGGUAUUAAAAUCGAAUUCCACAGUCGGGCACGGAGGAAUGGUGAAUCUAUCAAAUAACUCACUUACCUCGUUUUUUGAUGUGAAUACGUUGCGUUUUCUUGGAUUUGAACACCCUCUCCUAAUUGGAAGACUUAUGUUCUAUGGAUUUGACUUAAGAGAUAAUAAAUGGAACUGUGACUGCAAAGUGUUUCAAUUUGCCAAAGCAGCAGAACGACUUGUACAGGUAAUGACAAGGGAUUACUUUGACGUUAAAUGUUAUUCCCCGAGAACCUUAAAAGAUAGACUAAUUGUUACAAUAAUAAAAGAACGUCAAUAUGAUGGUUUGAUUUGCAAUUUAUCGUUAGCCGAAAAGUGUCCACCGAGAUGUCGCUGUAUAUAUCAACCAGCUGUCAGAAAUAGGACUCUCAUUGAUUGUUCGGAUUUGCAUCUCACAAAGCUUCCACUCAUGCUUCCUGAUUAUAAUGUGUUAGAGGUUGAUUUAUCAAAUAACAGCCUACACAAUCUGACAAACCAGUUUAGUCACAUACAUAAACAUGGACGAAAUAUUAAAAACUACUUCGAGCGUAUUCGUUUAUUUAAUGUUUCAAACAACCAUAUCCGAAUAUUACCACGCUCAAAUUUGUUUCAGUUAAGGGAAGCAGAAAUCGAUUUUAGAGGAAACAAUAUUUAUUCAUUACAUAGAUCUAUUGCGGACUUAAACCCUUGCAACAUUUAUCUAGACACCAUAGAGAUGCAAUGUGAAUGUGAAGAUAUUUGGUUGCAACAAUGGCUUCCUAAGAGUGAUUCUAAAUGUAACAAAAAUGUACAAGUGUUGUGCCGGUUCAAAGGACAAUUAAUUUCCAUACAGAAUAUGACAAGGAAAGACCUUGGAUGUAGAAUACCGGAUACUAAUGUUAUAUGGAUAAGUACAGUUAUCGUUGCAGUGUUUAUUACUGUCGUUUUACUGUCAGCAAGUAUAUUUUCCUUUCGAUUCGAGAUAUUUAUAAUUGGACGGAAAUUCAUAAAAUAUUUCAGGGGAAAUUCUUAUCCUUUGACAUUGUUUUACGACGUAUAUAUUGCGUGCAAUGAAGAAGAUGAAAAGAUUCGUCUGUGGCUAACAACGCAUUUACUGCCUACUCUAGAGGUGAACAACAUGCUAAAGGUGUUUUGGCCCUGCAGAGAUAGUGAAAUAGGAGUACCUCGCGAAGAAGAAAUGAUACAAGUGAUGUCCCAUACUCAAACCUUUAUCAUCAUUUUGAGUGAAGAGUAUAAAGGACCUGUUCGAUGGAAUGAAAAAGAAUGGAAACAUGCCUGGCACAAUUAUACACGUGAUCUGAACAGGGAAAUUAUUAUUGUUAAUUACGAUUUACUGGAAGCAAAUGAAAUCGCAAAGCAAUAUUUGGGAGCCUUUCUCCGAAUUGGACAAUUUAUUGAUUUUUCUAAUCACAAGAAGUCGAUAGAGGACGAAAUAGCCUCCUUAUUUACAAAACAAGAUAAAAAGUUAAAAAAACCUGCUAGCAAAAAAUGUACUCAUUCCCAAAUAAAUGACGAAAAAUUCCCAUUUCUUAAACAUUAUCCUUUAUAUUCAGAGUUUCGAUGUAAGAAAUAGCAGAUAUACAUUCGAUAUUGUAUAAUUUAUCCUUGACAUAUCAUAUGCUAUACAUAAAUAAUUAUAAACCUUUUUCUAAAAGUUCUUUCUCCAAUUCUGUUUCAGGAGACACAUAUUUUUUUUAUUUUGUGUUUGCAUUAAACUUGGGUCUUUUCCAAAUGAUAAAUAGGUUCAAUUUAAAAGGAAGACUUCCUGGUCUAUUUUUAAAUGGUUAACUACUUCAAAAAAGUUUAAAUUGCGUAUAGUGAUUUAUUAUAUUGCAUGUAAAUAUUUGAAAUAAUGAAAUCAAUAGCUAUUUUGUAAGUGGUUUUAAAAUUAACAAGUACAUAACAAAAUUGUAAAUGAGGCCCUUCAUGGAUGUACCUGUUUAUCGUCGUUCAUAGAUUUUUGCAAUGUUAGCAUUUGUAAAUAAACUCAUUAUAUAUA